CUGGCGGCCAGCGGGGGAAGCGCGCUUUCCCGGGAUCCCAGGAAGGAAAGUGGCUGCUAAUUGUGCCCGCGCCUCCCCCUGGCAGUAGUCCCUGCAUCACGGGAACUCGCAAUGGCCCAGAUCCCUGUGUGGCUGGUGGCAGGGGUGAUGCUCUGCUCCCUCCCUGCUGGUUCUCUAGGGGAGGACAUACACUGGGUCCAUACACGAGACAACGGGAGAGUCUUAAUUCUUUUGUCACAACUACACAGGACGCCGCUUCACUUAUGCCUGGCUGACAGAAACGACUUCAAAUUCCCUUGGAAUAGAGGGACAAUCACCCAAAUGCAGAAGACACAACGCACCUGCUUCCACCAUCUGAUGCUCCUGCAGAUCUUCCACCUCUUCGGAGCACAGCGCAGCCUGGCUGCAUGGGACCACACCCUCCUGUCUCGCCUACUGUCCAGCCUUCAUCACAGCCUGGAGCGCCUGGAGCAGAGGGAAGGAGACAUCCGGGCUUGUCCCAGUUUGGGAAUUCUCGUCCCGAAGUACUUCCAAAGCAUCCAUAACUACCUGAGAAGGAAGAAAUACAGCUCCUGUGCCUGGGAGGUCGUUAGAGUGGAAAUCUCACUGCGCACUGGAAUCAUGUAACA